UGUAAUGGAUUGGUGGUCAGUUGCUGGAGGAGCUCGAAGCUAACAACUCCACUUCAUAUCAACCAUGCUGUACAACAGGGAUGAAGCAGGUAAAACCUUGGAAGGUCUUAGGAGGCUUCAGCCUUGCUUGGCAAAGGAAAGCACAGUCCGCACAAAAUGCGAGCUGCCACGCCGUACUGAAAUCAUUUCGGGCAGGAUCAACUGUGGCUUAGCCACUAUUCUACCAAGUGUUGUUGGUUGUCACGUGACCAUGAUUACGUUGUCACUUUGUCCUGCUCUAUCUCCUCGCAUCACCAUGUUCUCUGCGUCCAUCCCAACACAACCGGCUGCUGCUGUUGCGUUCAUGAAAGUCUAGCACCUCUACACUAUGGCUGUGGGUGGCUGCACCACUUGAUGUAGCACUACAGACCCACGCAGCACUCGUACCCCUGAUAAC